AACAAGAGUUUUGGAAAAUCACACUCACCAACACAAUCCACUACUGCUCUUAGGAUUCACCAUUUUCCCAACAUUUGCAAGAAAUGGCUUACUGGUCUGCUGAAAAUGGCACCAAGGCCUAUCUCAAAACCAUGAGAAUGGGAAAGAAUGCUAAAGAGCCAAAUGGAGCAGAAUUCAUCUCAGCCAUGGCAGCAGGGAACAAUGCUCAAUUCAUGGUGGUUGCCUGCAGUGGAGCGGCAGACUCCACCGCCCUCGCCCUCCUAGCAGCAGCGCAGCAAACCGGAGGGCGCCUCGUCUGCAUUCUCCAAGGCCAGGACGAGAUCCUCUCCUCCACAGCCGCCCUCGGCCCCAAUGCAGGCAACAUUGACUUCGUCAUAGGGGACGCCAAGGUGCUCAUCCCAGGCUGCUACAAGGACUCGGACUUCAUUGCCAUUGACUGCAACCUUGAGAACCACGAGGAGAUCAUAGGGGUCUCUGUGCAAGAGAAUGCCAGGGCUCAUGGAAACACAAUUGUGCUCGGAUACAACGCCUUCUGCAGGGAGACCUGGAGGAACAGCCCUCUGCGCACGCAGCUGCUGCCCAUCGGAGAGGGACUGCUGCUUACAAGAGUGGCACCGCCUGCUGCCAAGAGGAGUAAGAGCAACUGGAUUGUGAAGGUGGAUAAGUGCACCGGUGAAGAACAUGUCUUCCGAGUCAGAUCCUCUGUGGGGAGAUUCAUCAGAGCCUGAAAUCUUGAUCAAUCUUUCUUUUUUUCCUUUGGUUUAGAUUUUUAGCUUCAUUGAAAGAUAUUCUCGAUUAGGAUUAAUUUUGUCAACUGUAUAUAGAGUAUCACAAUCAGUAGAGGUAGAGAAGUAUCAAUUUUGCCAAACCAACUCAAAAAAUUUAGUCA